CAGGCCGCUGGCUUCUCAUUCCUGUGUGGCCGCUCGUCCCCUCCUGUCACACCUGCUCCCGCUCCUCCACACCUUCCUCAGCUACUACGCCAAGUUAAACAUGGUUAACUUAGGCGAUGUGUUCCCCAACUUCACGGCGGAGUCGUCGGUGGGCACCAUCAAGCUGCACACCUACCUGGGCGACUCAUGGGGCAUAGUAUUUGCUCACCCUGCUGACUUCACCCCAGUAUGUACCACUGAGUUGGGAUGUGUGGCAAAGUUGGUACCAGAGUUCACGAAGAGAAAUGUGAAAUUGCUGGCAAUAUCAUGUGACUCUGUUGAGGACCAUGUUGGCUGGAUAAAGGAUAUUCAAGCCUACAGUGAGCUAAGUGGUGAAUUUCCUUACCCAAUUAUUGGUGACAAGGAUAGGGAUCUUGCAGUAACCCUUGGUAUGAUAGACCCAGAUGAGAAGAAUGCUGAAGGUUUACCCCUUUCAUGCCGUGCUGUUUUUCUCAUUGGACCAGACAAGAGGCUCAAGCUCUCCCUUCUGUAUCCUGCUACUACUGGACGCAAUUUUAACGAGAUUCUUAGAGCUAUAGACUCCAUUCAACUGACGGCUGCAAAGAAGGUAGCAACACCUGUUGAUUGGAAGCCAGGUAGUGCUUGCAUGGUGCUACCCUCAGUUUCUGCAGAAGAGGCAAAAUCCCUUUUCCCAGAGCACACGGUCCACAACGUUCCUUCUGGAAAAGAGUAUAUUCGCACAACGCCACAACCAGAGUAAAAUGAGCUACGUUCUCACCUUGGCUACCUGUAUGCAGCCAGACGGUACAAUAUAUCCAGAUUUAAUUACAAACUUUAUUUUCUUAGUUUAAAAAGGAAUUGUGCAGUAAUGAGUAACCUUACUGCUUGUUAACACUUUUUAGUUCUAAAAAUUGCUUAGUAGAAGCCAUAGGAUUAUAAUGGUUUGUUAAAAACAUUGAUGCUGGGCCUACUGUAUUUUCAAGUUUUGUAAAAUUCCUGCUGAUAUUUUAACUAAUUAUUCUGUUAAUGCAAAGUGCCUUUCUCAAGUGUUCCAUUCCACUUUAUACAAUAUACUCUGAAAUAAACAUGGCAAAAGUA